AUGCUAACUACCGGCGACGUAAGAAUUAGUCGUCUACCUCUUCUAUUAAGCAUUUAUCUUUCUUACCUUCUUUUCUAUCAUAUACGCAAACCUUUCUCUUUCUCUCUCUUUCACUCUCUCGCUUUCUCUCUCUCUCUCUCUUUCUCUUUUUUUUCUCCGCCGUUACACACAUUGUCCUUACAAUAUUCUAAACGUCUUUCUUUCAUCUGUGGUUAUUUAUCGCUAGUUCCUCCUGUUUUGGUAUAUGCUUCGUGUGUGUGGUCGCCUUACAAUCUAUCUAUCUAUCUAUCUAUCUAUCUAUCUAUCUAUCUAUGGCUAUUUGUUUAUCUAUGUCUGUAUAUCUAUGAAUAUAUGCCUGUAUAUCUCUAUUUAUCUAUCGAUCUAUGGCUAUUUGUUUAUCUAUGUAUAUCUAUGAAUAUAUGUCUGUACGUUUCUUUCUAUCUAUCUAUCUCUGGCUAUUUGUUUAUGUAUAUCUAUGAAUAUAUGUCUGUACGUUUCUUUCUAUCUAUCUAUCUAUCUAUCUAUCUAUCUAUCUAUCUAUCUCACAAGUUUUAUUUCUCUCUCUCUCUUUCUCUCUAUCUCUCUCUCUCUCUCUCUCUCUCUCUCUCUCUAUUCUUUUAA